UCGGGAAGUUUUUCGCAUCUUUCCUGUCUAUUUUCCAAUAUCUCCAUGGAAACUGUAUUAGAACGGACUCAAAAGACUUAACAAAGUGGGGUACUUUAGAACUCCCCGCCCUCUGGGUCCCCUGAGGCCUGUCUAACCCUUGGGGUUGCAACAAGUGAGCUGGGCAUGCUCAGUGGGCAGGGUCGGUUUUGGGGGGUGCAAGUGGGAAGCCUAGGGCUCUGCAGCCAGGGCUCGCUCCCUCCCCCCACCUGUAUGAGGCUGGGCCCGGGGGACCGUAGCUCACCAUCCCACCCCCUACAGACAGGGCUUGGUCUCCGCGCUGACAUUCGGGUCAGGAGGCCUAGCGAGCCCGCAGAGCGCGCUGGGGGAGCCGAGCCCAGGGCUUAAGGCAGCCGGCCGGGUCCCAGGGUCCACCCGCCUGGCAGACGCAUCCGUAGGCCCAGAGAAGCCUGCGUGCGGCCAGCUGCUGACGAGGGGAGCCGGAUCCCGGGCGGGCUACGCGCCAGCAGGCUAAGAAAUGGCCUUUCAGAAGGCAGUGAAAGGGACUGUUCUUGUGGGAGGAGGAGCUCUUGCCACCGUUUUGGGGCUCUCUCAGUUCGCUCAUUAUAGAAGAAAGCAAGUGAGCCUGGCCUACGUGGAAGCAGCAGAGUACCUCACGGAGCCAGUGAACCGAGAGCCUCCCUCCAGAGAAGCCCAGCUGCUGACUCUGCAGAACACAUCAGAAUUUGAUAUCCUUGUUAUUGGGGGAGGAGCCACAGGCUGUGGCUGUGCACUAGACGCUGUCACCAGAGGACUAAAAACAGCCCUUGUAGAAAGAGAUGAUUUCUCAUCAGGGACCAGCAGCAGAAGCACUAAAUUGAUCCAUGGUGGUGUGCGAUAUCUUCAGAAGGCCAUCAUGAAGUUGGAUAUUGAGCAGUAUAGGAUGGUGAAAGAAGCCCUCCAUGAGCGUGCCAACCUACUAGAAAUUGCUCCUCACUUGUCAGGUCCAUUGCCUAUAAUGCUUCCAGUUUACAAGUGGUGGCAGUUACCUUAUUACUGGGUGGGAAUCAAGCUAUAUGAUCUGGUUGCAGGAAGUAAUUGCCUGAAGAGCAGUUAUGUCCUGAGCAAAUCCAGAGCCCUGGAGCACUUUCCCAUGCUCCAGAAGGACAAGCUGGUGGGAGCCAUUGUCUACUAUGAUGGACAACACAAUGACGCACGGAUGAACCUUGCCAUCGCCCUCACUGCUGCCAGGUACGGGGCUGCCACAGCCAAUUACAUGGAGGUAGUGAGCUUGCUCAAGAAGACAGACCCCCAAACAGGGAAGGAACGCGUGAGAGGUGCGCGGUGCAAGGAUGUCCUCACAGGGCAGGAGUUUGACGUGAGAGCCAAAUGUGUCAUCAAUGCCACUGGACCUUUCACAGACUCUGUGCGCCAAAUGGAUGAUAAAGACGCUGCUACCAUCUGCCAGGCCAGCGCAGGUGUCCACAUUGUGAUGCCUGGGUAUUACAGCCCAGAGAACAUGGGCCUUCUGGACCCUGCAACCAGUGAUGGGAGAGUUAUUUUCUUCUUGCCCUGGGAAAAGAUGACGAUUGCUGGCACUACUGAUUCUCCAACAGAAAUCACACCGCAUCCCAUUCCCUCAGAAGAAGAUAUCAACUUCAUCUUGAAUGAAGUGCGCAACUACCUAAGUUGUGAUGUUGAAGUGAGAAGAGGGGAUGUUCUGGCAGCUUGGAGUGGUAUCCGUCCUCUUGUUACCGAUCCUAAGUCUGCAGACACUCAAUCCAUCUCUCGAAAUCAUGUUGUGGAUGUCAGUGAGGGUGGCCUCAUCACAAUUGCAGGUGGGAAGUGGACAACUUAUCGCGCCAUGGCAGAAGACACUGUGAAUGCAGCCAUCAAGGUUCACAACUUGAAUGCAGGACCAAGUAGGACAGUUGGGUUGUUCCUUCAAGGUGGCAAAGACUGGAGCCCCACACUCUACAUCAGGCUUGUUCAAGAUUAUGGCCUUGAGAGCGAGGUGGCGCAGCAUCUUGCCACCACCUAUGGUGACAAGGCUUUUGAGGUGGCCAAAAUGGCAGGUGUGACUGGAAAACGGUGGCCCAUUGUUGGAAAGCGUCUUGUGUCAGAAUUUCCAUACAUUGAGGCAGAGGUGAAAUAUGGGAUUAAGGAGUAUGCCUGCACCACGGUGGACAUGAUCUCACGGCGUACUCGCUUGGCUUUUCUCAAUGUUCAGGCUGCAGAGGAAGCCCUUCCCAGGAUAGUUGAACUGAUGGGCAGAGAACUGAACUGGAGUGAUUCUAAGAAGCAGGAAGAACUUGAAACAGCUAGGAAGUUUCUGUAUUAUGAAAUGGGCUAUAAAUCUCGAUCAGAACAGUUAACAGAUAGCUCUGAAAUUUGCCUGCUCCCUUCAGACAUCGACAGAUAUAAGAAGAGAUUUCAUAAGUUUGAUGCAGAUCAAAAAGGCUUUAUUACCACUGUUGAUGUUCAGCGUGUAUUAGAGAGCAUCAGUGUGCAAAUAGAUGAAAAUACACUACAUGAAAUUCUGAAUGAAGUAGAUUUGAACAAAAAUGGACAAGUUGAACUCAAUGAAUUUCUGCAGCUGAUGAGUGCGAUUCAGAAAGGAAGGGUAUCUGGAAGCCGGCUUGCUAUCCUCAUGAAAACUGCUGAAGAGAACCUGGACCAAAGAGUUCCGAUUCCUGUGGAUCGUAGCUGUGGAGGAUUGUGAGUCUGACCAGUAAAUCCACAGUCAACAAACAUAGGACAGUCAACACCUUGUAACAACCAGAAACACCUUAAACCACUCUAAAAUAGUGGCGAUGGUCAAUGCCUUUAAAAAAAAAAAACACUGGAAAACAUUCCAAAACUUUAAGCUGUUGGUGUCUUUGCCAUCUUAAUUUGCCAAUACUUUAUUUGUAUUUGCUGUUCAGUCUAGAUUCUAAAAAGCGUUUCUUCUCAUUUCUAGUGCACCUUGAUUUAAUGUUUUCUAUCCAUUUUCUAACCUGUUAGAUUUGACACUGUUUCCGCUCAUUUAUUUUAAAUCAGUUCUAGAGGUAGGCUCUUGGCAGAGAUUAGAAAAAGAAGCUGGAAAGAUUUUGUGAUGCACACAGAGCUCUGGACCAUAAGCUCGUAGACAGCAUUUUCUUCUUUAAAACAUGUGUGACCUGUUGAAGUGAUAAUGUUUCUGGAGUCUUCUCAGCCCUUUCCUCCUCCAGCUUUCCUACCUCCCUCUUCUAAACAGUUUUGCACAACUUUAUAUCUGGAGUGUGGCUAGUUAAGCUGAAGAGGGAAGAAAAAGUUUAGAUCUGGUUUAGAUUUGGUUACAGUUCUCAAAGAGAAACUGAAAGUUUCCAAAAUCAUAGGCAUAAGAUAAGGCCAGGUUGACAUUUGCCAGGAGUUACAAUGGUAGCUCCUUCUUAGUGGUUCCUCCCCCCAUGCACUUCUGGUUUUCAUUAUUAUCAUUACCAGAAAAAUCCUUGCUUUUCUUACUUUAAAACCAGCAUUUAAGGGGCAAGUUGGAUAUACUGGAUGAGACCAAAUCUUUCUAAUCUUUAUAGGAUUAACACUGUGAUAACUCAAUUUAAAAGCCUCAAACCCUAAGUUUGGCAGCAGGUGGUAUUGUCAGACCUGUUCUUGCUAAGGAGUAUUUGCAAAGAGAUAAUAAUAAGGGAUUGGACAGACUUUAGUUAAAUUAUAAAAUAAAGGCACAUCACUUCAAAAUCCAAGGUCAGUCUGUUUGCUAAAAGCCUUUUUCUUUUUGCACCCAGUGGAAAAAUUUUCGUUUUAUCAAAAAAAAAUUUUUUUAAAGGAAGAAAGAUACCCAACACAUACACUCACAAACCAAAACCAAAAAUGAGUUUGCAUUCAACUCAACAAAUAAUGCAAUGAAUUAGAGAUGCCAGUUGGAGAUGCUUUCACUAUAUUUUAUUUUGUUAGCAUCUUACCUGGUAAUCUCAGUAUUUCUUGAUUGUGCUUCCUCCUUUGAAGCCGCCUAAAGAUCAGGUUCCAUACAUGAUCAGAAAUGUAGCCCUUACUCCUCACUUCUUUCCUGGCAGGUUCCCACUGCAGUUUGUUCUAGUUUCGUAAACUGGUCCAUAAAACACUUUUGUGCUCCUGUUUGUAUUUAUGUGAACAUUGUGACUUUAUGCCAGAGUCAGGUGGGUUAUGAGUCUGUAUGUCAUAAUGGAAACUGGGACGUUCCCUUACCUAAAUCAGUACCCACCACCUCCGAAAUCUACAGAAACUGCAGGGAGAAACGGUAUCUCAACUCAUUUUAUUUUAAAACGAAGGUUAGCUACUUCCACUUCCUAAAGAAAAACCUGAAACAGCAACUGACGGUUCCAGGUGUUGCUGUAAAUUUUUUUUUCAAAGUGUUAAUUUUUUUACACUUGCUUUUUAAAAUAAAUAAAUAAAUAACAUAAAUGGAAGCUUGUGGCUUUGCAACUUAGUGUUUUUCUAUCAUGACAAUAAAUUACACUGUUUAUACCUAGUGACAGUGAUUAGGCUAAGAAGCCAUCCUUUAAUACACCCCAGAUUGCAUACCACAGUACUGUACAUUUGUAUUCUCUCUCUUUUUCUCUCUUCUAGUUAGAUCAAGAUAACGAUGGCUUGUAUCCUCCCCAGUCUCUUACAGUAGGGUCUGAGAUUAGAAUGUGACUCGCUCAGGCAGAUGUGCUUGUAAAGGUCUUCCUUGUGCACGCUUUGCUAUGAAUGAAGUUCCUUUAAGGACAAAGAAAAGUUCACUUUUCUUCAUUUGAGCAUAUCUGCUUUUGCUUAAAAUCUGCUAAUUCUAAAACACACUCCUUCACCAAUCCCAGAGACUCAUUUUGGAAAUGAAAUGGGUUUCAAGACAUUACCAUGAAUGAAACACCCCAAUGUGUUUUAGCAUGUGUCUUCAGGGAUUGCCUGGGAUACAGGGAUUCAGGUGAAGGAACCCCCAUCUGUGCUGGAGAGCUGGAAACUUUAGCCCAUCCCAUUGGUGGUAACAGCAGUGAUGCUGGAUUGCUUGCUUAACCGAGGUUGUCUGCCUCCUAGCCAUUGCGCUGCAGUAUUCUUGCUUUUAGUCAGUUUAAACUGAGUGCAGCUUUAGGAUUUCUAUCUGCUAUCAAGUGCAUGCUUCCUACUCUGCCUCAGUUUCCGGCUUGAUUUUGUCUGUUUCAAAAUAAUGUAACUUUCUCUAUUGUACAACAAAAAUUUUCAUUCUGAUUUUUAAAUAUCAUAGGGGUCAUCUUGAUAUUAUUUCCCUCUUUUUUAUGCAUUUGUAAAGAUUUUUUGCAUAUGAAUGUAAUCACAUACUGAAGUCAAUGAUUCCGUAACUUGCACUGUUUUUUACUCUAAGGAGUAAAAAAGCCCUACUAUGUUUUAAAGAAUGUCAAGUAUGAGCCCAGUACUAGAGUGGACAUAAACACUGCAUGUUUUCAUAUUGUGGCACUUUUAUGUCUUGUGUUGGGUUAUUGUUUUAGAUUUGACUGUUAAAUGCUGUGUUUGAGGCUGGGUUGUCAUUUUUAUAACUGUCUUGGUGUUUUAUCACCAUUAUUUAUUACUUUUGAUAUACAGAAUGAGCUGCAUGCAUUUAUAGAGCAAUAAGAGGAUGUAUUUAAUGUGCCUUGUUUUUAACUGAGUAAGAGCCGAAAGCAUGAAUCAAUAAACCUGAUUAAAAUGGUCCA